CCGUACCCUGCAUUCACUAUAUCUGAUCUCCCCGGACCCUGCUCGCUACAUCUGGUCUCCCCGGACCCUGCACUCGCUACAUCUGGUCUCCCCGGACCCUGCACUCGCUACAUCUGGUCUCCCCGGACCCUGCACUCGCUACAUCUGGUCUCCCCGGACCCUGCACUCGCUACAUCUGGUCUCCCCGGACCCUGCAUUCACUAUAUCUGGUCUCCCCGGACCCUGCAUUCGCUAUAUCUGGUCUCCCCGGACCCUGCAUUCACUAUAUCUGGUCUC